AUGGAUAGAAUUAAAGUGAUUAACCAAAGGCGAACAACGCUCAAGAUUCAGGUUACGCAGCUUGUCAACUGCGUCGCGUCGAAUGAAUACGAUUUAUUGACUCUUAAAAGGCGACUGAAUCGGGUGACCCAAAUAUUAACCGAAUACGAGGAGUUGCAUGACGAACUCACGAUUCUCGAUCCCGAUAACGACCGGCUAGAUGAACUCUUAGAAAUUCAAAACCGAUAUUACGUGUGCGCGGGGAAAAUUGAAGGAUUGGAAGUCGCCAGUACGUCGGCAGCGCGAGCUAACGAUACGACCGGUAAUGUCACGGGAUUAAACACGACUCAAAUAGAAGGGCGGCGUGUAAUGAAAUUGCCGGUAGCAGAAUUGCCGAAAUUUCACGGAGAUACCGACAACUGGCUUUCUUAUAAGAACACGUUUAUGACCAUGAUCGACGCGCGGACGGAUCUUGCCGAUUUAGAAAAAUUUUUAUAUUUAAAGUCGUCUCUCAAAGGCGAAGCGUUAACUAAAAUUUCACUCUUUAGCACGAGCGAUGAAAACUAUAAAAACGCGUGGAAGAUGUUAGUUGAUACAUACGAAAAGCGACGUACACUGGUCACAAAACACAUGUAUGCGAUUCUGGAUACGAAGGUUUUGACCAAGGCUACACCGAACGGGCUCUCGAAAUUAAUUGACGACGUUCGUCAACAUUUGCUUAUGUUAAAAUUACUAGACGUGACUCCCGAUAAUACGGUAAUCAUCAGUAUAUUAGAAAGAGCGUUGCCCCACGACGUCCGGGAAAAAUGGGAAGAAUCGCUGAAUUUAGAUGUUCUUCCCACUGUAGACCAAUUCUAUAAAUUCAUCGACGAAACCGUGUCGCGUAUGCGUACGCUUGAAAAGGCCGGCUGUCGCGAAAAAGCCGAGACGCAGACCGGAAGUAAACGACGGUCCGAUCGAGAUUCGCGCGCCACGAAAACUCAUCCUGAGUUUCACGUACCGCGACCCGUCGAUCUUUUAAUCGGUUCCGGUGCCACUCUAUCGUUGAUUUCAAUCGGUCAAAUUAAAUUGUCUCGUGACGACAACGAUCUAUUUUUACAGAAAACCCAACUCGGAUGGGUAGUAGUUGGCGGGGCGAUAGAUAACGCGGAUAAACGAGUCGUUGCUUGUACGUUAUCCGAAUUGAAAACGCAGAUCGCGAAAGUCUGGCUUAUUGAAGACAUUGACCGGGAAACCUCGAUAUUAUCGGAAGAGACACUGUGCGAAACACAUUACCGCGAAAACACGACACGCGAAGCGUCCGGACGAUAUGUCGUACGAUUACCUUUUCGCGCCGGCGAUAAAAACUUUGGCGAUUCACGACGAAACGCGUUGCGUCGAUUUAACGCGCUUCAAAGAAAAUUAAAAUCAAAUGUCGCGCUCAAAACGGAAUACGAAAAGGUGAUGCAAGAGUAUAUCACUCUUGGCCACAUGUCUUUGGCCGACGACGAAAUAAUGACCGGUUAUUAUAUGCCUCACCACGCCGUAAUAAAGACAACGAGCGCAACCACGAAGGUUCGCGUUGUUUUCGAUGCGUCAGCCAAGACUGAUAAGAAUUUAUCAUUAAACGAUAGGCUCAUGAUCGGUCCUACGAUACAGGACAAGCUAUUCGAACACUUGCUGAGAUUUCGCACCCACACGUACGUGCUCACUGCCGACAUCGAAAAGAUGUACCGGCAAAUCUUAAUUCACCCUCAAGACCGGAAGUACCAGCGCAUAUUCUGGUAUCACGAUAAUCGCGUUAGAACAUUCGAGAUGAAUACGGUAACCUUCGGGGUUUCUUCAGCUCCGUAUCUCGCGAUUCGUACAAUACAACAGCUCGCGGAUGACGAACGCGCAAACUUUCCAUACGCGUCCAGAAUUCUAAAACGCGAUUUAUAUGUCGAUGACCUCCUAACAGGCGCGAAUUCAUUGGAGGAAAUUCUAACGAUACGCGACGAAAUAAUCGAGCUUUUGAAGCGAGGCGGAUUCAACAUACGUCAAUGGGCCUCGAACCACAAUCACGCACUUGAUAAUAUUACCGAAAAGAUCCUCGGAACGGACUGCGUGAUCGAUAAUAAUACCGUGGUAAAAACUUUAGGUCUCGGAUGGAACGCGCAAGAAGAUAAACUCGUGUAUUCGGUAAAAUCACCCGAAGCUCCUGUUAAAUUAACAAAACGGAACAUUUUAUCAGAAAUCGCGAAAAUUUUCGACCCUCUCGGGCUUUUAGGACCGGUGAUUUUGGCCGCGAAGGUCUUCAUGCAAGAAUGCUGGAAGACAAAGCUGAAUUGGGACGAAUCGGUUCCCCAAGCUCUGCAUUCUAAUUGGACGUCCUUUUCGAGUCAACUUCAUCUUAUAAACAAUUUAUCGGUAGAACGAAAACUUAUCCUCGAAAACGCCGACAACAUACAAAUUCACGGGUUUUGCGACGCUAGCAAGGCCGGGUACGGUGCAUGCGUCUACGUACGUUCUUGUAAUCGGAAGAAUCAUACUCUCGUUCGUCUGGCCUGUGCGAAGUCGCGAGUCGCGCCGCUGAAGGAAAUGACCAUGCCGCGUCUUGAGCUGUGCGGUGCGUUGACGCUUGCCCGACUGUACCGAGAAAUGCGUUCUACUAUAGAGUUUCCGAUUAAUCGCGUUGUUUUUUGGACCGACUCCACAAUAGUCUUACAAUGGCUUAAAAAGUCCCCGGCGGUUUUACGGCUUUUUGAGUCAAAUCGCGUCGCGGAAAUACAAAUAAUCAAGGAAGCUGAAUGGCGACACGUUAGAACAAGGGAUAACCCGGCAGACGCACUGUCACGCGGUCAAUAUCCCGCGAUAUUUUGUCGAAACGCGUCGUGGUUCGAGGGACCCCAUUGGCUACGCGACAACGAGAGCACCUGGCCGGCAGAUUCGGAAAUCACCGUAAACGAUCUUCCCGGGUUGAAGAAAACUACGUGUUUGGCCCUUAAAAUCAGUAAAUGCGAAUUUUUCGUUAAGUUUUCGUCGUACACGAAACUUAUCCGCGUAGUAGCUUACUGUCUUCGCAUGCUUCGGUCCAACAUUUGCAAGGGAGAAUUAUGUGCGCAGGAAAUAAUCAAUGCGGAGCGCACGGUCGUACGGUUGAUUCAACAAGAACAAUUUUUUGACGAGAUUCAGCGUAUUUCGUCAUCGGGGGGAGCCAAGGGCAGUCGACUUGCGUCCUUGAGUCCUUUCGUUGAUGAACAUGGAUUACUCCGCGUCGGCGGGCGAUUACAAAAUGCUGAAAUCUCGUACGCGCAAAAACAUCCGAUUCUUUUGCCGUCUUGUCAUCAUGUUACCGAUUUAAUUAUUCGCGAGAUGCAUGAACGUACGUAUCACGCGGGUAUUCAGAGUACUUUGUACACUAUUCGUCAUCGGUUUUGGUUACUGGACGGCAAAAAUCAGGUUCGAAAAAUCGUGCGGCGCUACGUUCGCUGCAUUCGUUUUAGGCCGUCUCCCAUGCAGAGAAAAAUGGGCAAUUUACCGAAACCACGCGUCGAAGAAGCAGCGGCUUUCACGCACACGGGCGUAGAUUUUUUCGGUCCAUUGUUCAUUAAAGAGAAAAAACACAGAAAUAUAAAUCGUGUAAAGGCUUACGGUUGUGUCUUCGUGUGCAUGACAGUAAAAGCGGUACACAUCGAAAUAGUGAGCGAUCUGACGACGGAGGGUUUCCUCGGUGCCUUCAGACGUUUCAUUGGGCGCCGGGCCAUACCUACUCACGUCUAUUCAGAUAACGGGACGAACUUUGUGGGUGCGAAUAACCAGCUCCGUGAAUUAUACGUCUUGUUCGAUUCCGAUCAAUUUAAAGAAAACGUAAACGAAUUCGCGGUACAUAAAAAUAUAACGUGGCAUUUUAAUCCGCCAUUAUCACCGCAUUUCGGGGGCAUAUGGGAGGCAGCGGUCAAAUCAUUUAAACAUCAUUUUAAGCGUGUUGUAGGCGAACGCCUCUUUACAUUUGAGGAAGUAAAUACCCUCGCGAUAGAAAUUGAGGCAAUUUUAAAUUCGAGACCGCUGUGCCCUAUCUCGUCGGAUCCAAACGAUCCUAUUGCGUUAACUCCUGCUCACAUACUGGUUGGUCGACCUCUCACGAUGCUACCAGAAGAUAAUUAUCUUUCAGUUCCAGAAAAUCGAUUGUCAUCAUGGCGCCUCAUUGCAAAGGCACGCCAAGAUUUCUGGAAACGUUGGUAUACGGAGUACCUUAAUGAGCUCCAAAAGCGCCAGAAGUGGCUCGAAGCCCGUGGCGAACUCAAGGUGGACUCAAUCGUCAUCCUAAUGGACAAAAAUCAGCCAUGCAUGCAGUGGCGGUUGGGCAGAGUAAUGGAAAUUCAUCCCGGUGGUGAUGGCGAAGUUCGAGUUGCAACAAUAAAGAGCGCAAAUGGCAUUUUUAAGAGGAACAUAACCUCAUUAUGUCCGUUACUUGAAGACGUUCAAGAACACGCGAAUUAA